AUUUGUUCUCUUUUACUACAGUUUUUACAGUUUACAGCUAUUAGCGUCGAAGCAAAAAAAUAAAAAAACGGUUCCUUUCGAUAUCUCUCUGCAUUCUCUUGUCUUUAAGCUCAGGCAAAUCCUGGAUCCGAAAGUCUAACGAUUUGAAGGAAAGGGUAGCUGGCUGUUUGGGGAGGAUCAAGAUAUGUCUGCACUGUUCAAUUUUCAUUCUUUUCUCACGGUUGUGUUAUUGGGAAUUUGUACUUGCACUUAUGUCAAGAUGCAUUUUCCUGCAAUUUUGGAGCAGAGAACAGGGUUCCGUGGGUUCUUUUGGAAGGCAGCCAGAAUAGGUGAGCGUUUGAGUCCCUGGGUGGCUGUAGGGUGCUUCACGAUGGGCGUGUCAAUAAUAUUUUUCUGACAAUGAAAGCUUCCUGUCUGUGCAUUAGGAAGUAAGCUCAAUUUUUUUUCUUUCUUUCUUGUGGGUAAAUAUGCCACCCAUCAGAAUUUGGUGUCAUCAAAUCAUGUGUGAUAAUUAGUGUAUCAAUAACCAUUGUUAAAUGACCAUUUUAUGGACUUUUUUUGA